AUGUGGACGGACAGGAGGAGCUGUGGUGACGGGUGAGGUCUCUUGUUGUGGCUGAGGCAAUUGUGGACAAAGUCUGGAAAGUUAAGACCGAAAAAGGAAAAGGAUUUGCGGAGUUAGAGCGCAAUUGAAACUCCCCUCUAUUCCGGAAUAACAGAGCUUUUUUCCUCCCUUUUUACCACUUUUCUCCAUUAGCUGCCCAUGGAUAGCUAGCUGCUAACGCUACAUACCGGAGCACCUGUCUCCAUUGUCUCUGUCACGUCGGCGACUUCCGGUCGUCGUGUCCGCCGGGUCCUCUCAGUCUGGUACGAUAAACCGUCAGCUGUUUUUGUUGUUUUUGACAGUCACACUGCUCUGCUGCUUCCACUGCCCGAGGUGGACGAACAAGAUGGAGUGAGAGGUGCCUCUGUCCCGGAAAUGCCCGGCACAAACUGUAACUGGGUCCCACUGGUAGGGCUGGGCAAUAGUUCAGUAUCGAUAUAUAUCGCUACAGUAUUUUAGUAAAUAUUUAAUUCAUAACCAAAAUUAAUUACAUACAUGUCGAUAUGGUGUUUGUGUAUUGUGUAAACACACUUUGAGACAAAACAUAUAAUUGCCAUGAAGGUUUUAUGUCAGAUGUGUGAAAUGUCUCGCAAUGUAACAAGCCUGUGUUGUUUUCUGCCCAUAAAGAAGAAAUUAUUAACUGGUUAAUUGGUUUCUACAACUGUCACAUUGGUAAUAUUUAUUUACCGAUUUGACACUUUUCUAUCACAAAAACAUUCUUGGCCGUAUCGCCCAGCCCUCCUGUGCUAGAUAUUUCAUAGAACACUGAAAAUCCCAACCAUAAAACAUGGCAUCCCCCAAAGCAAAAGUAGGAGUCAACAGUGAGAGCAGCCCAAUGAAAGAAUGCAGUGGUCAAGCUGGAGAAGCAGCUCCAAAUCAUCGGAUAUACUGCCUGGAUGACCUGGAGACCGUGGCCACAGUUGGUACUGGGACGUUUGGCAGAGUCUUCCUGGUCAAGGACAAAAAGAGCCGGGCUUUCUUUGCCCUGAAGCAGAUGAAGAUACCAGAUGUGAUCCGACUGAAGCAGGAGCAACAUGUCCACAAUGAGAAGGAGGUGCUGACAGAGGUCAACUACCCCUUCCUCAUUCGACUGUUUUGGACUCACCACGAUGAGCGCUUCCUCUACAUGCUGAUGGACUACGUUCCGGGUGGCGAACUGUUCAGCUACUUGCGCAGCCGUGGCCGUUUCAGCAACAACGCUGGCCUCUUCUACUCUUCUGAGAUCGUAUGCGCCAUUGAGUACCUCCACUCCAAAGAAAUCGUUUACCGUGACCUAAAGCCUGAGAAUAUCCUCCUGGACAGUGAAGGACACAUCCGUCUGACCGACUUCGGGUUUGCAAAGAAACUCUCUGAUAGGACCUGGACUCUGUGUGGAACUCCCGAGUACCUCGCUCCUGAAGUCAUCCAAAGCAAGGGUCAUGGCCGAGCAGUGGACUGGUGGGCUUUGGGCAUCCUCAUCUUUGAAAUGCUGGCUGGGUACCCUCCGUUCUUUGAUGACAACCCAUUUGGAAUCUACCAGAAGAUCCUGGCUGGAAAACUAGAAUUCCCACGCCAUCUGGAUUUCUAUGUCAAAGACCUCAUCAAGAAAUUUCUGGUCAUUGACCGAGCCAGACGGCUAGGCAACAUGAAGAACGGAGCCGAUGACGUGAAGAAGCACCGCUGGUUCAAGACAAUUGAUUGGGAGUCGGUGCCGCUGAGGAAACUUAAGCCUCCGAUAGUUCCCAAAGUGUCCCACGAGGGCGACACCUCCAACUUUGACAUUUACCCCGAGGACGACUGGAAGAAGGACCCCCCUGUGCCUCAGAAGGACUUGGAGAUCUUCAAGAACUUCUGAUCAGUCGGCCUGUUUAAUUUAUUCUUGAACCAAUAUAUUGACGAUGUACUGUUACAGGUACUAUGAUAGAGAAUACACUCAUUUAUGGGGAUGUAACGGUAUUGUCAAUUUCACAGUAUCACAUGAACAGAGGGAAACUACAGAGACCAUCAUCAUCCUUUGCACUUCUUGUUGCCUCUACAGAUAGAGAAAAUGGUGUUGGCCAGUAUUAAUGGCAACAGAGAACAGAGCGCGGAUGUCGGAGAGAGGAAAGAUUUUUCUAAAUUGUGACUCUUACGUCUGACAUGUGGAUGCAUUUCCAUUUCCUUUGGUGUCAAGAAAUGCAAAAGAAGAAGAAGUGUAUGAAAAGCCACUUGACAAUUUGUCACUGCGAAAAGAUUUGAGAAUAUAGGAGGGGAAGAAUAAAAAAGGACUCUAAGGGAAGCAUUUAAAGCACAAGAGCUUGACCUGCAGCCAUUUUCUGUAGUGGACAUCAAAGGAUUAAGAAAAUUACACGCUGAAGCCAAAGUAUAAAAUUAAUUUACAGACAUGCAUUACUUUAAUCAAACACUAUAAUCCAGCUCUUGCUAUCACAACAUUGCAAUAAAUAUUCUAUUGUAACUGAGAUUUUGAUAUCGUUACAUCCCUAUCUCUUAUCAAAGCAGGGAGUCAUUUUAUCCAGAAUAUGAUCCUCCCUCACUUCCUACAAACUCCAAAUAAUUGAUGCUGUGACCUGUAUCAUACUAGAUUUGUUUUAUUCUGUUAAUUUAACUGACUUAAUUCUUUUUUUGUAUUACUAUUAUUAUAUUAUUAUUAUUAUUGUUGUUUUUUUUAUUAAUUUCUCUGAGCCUACUCAUAUGCAAAAAGAAAAUGUGGUUCUUUUGAAACCAAAUGACUGUUACUUUCUAGGUUUUGGAAAAAAAAAGAAGAGGAGAAAAAUCAGGUCUUUUUUAAUCUUUUUUUUUUUGUAUUUUCUGGGUUUUUCAAAUGUCCAUGUGUAGUCAUAUCUAAUGUGACUCCAGACUGGUGCUGUUAACUGUCGGCUGGCCAGUUUUGGACUCAUUACACUGUAUGUGGUCAUGAGUCAGACACUUGAUUUGAAAAUGUGUGACCAUUAGCACUCGUAAAAAGGUGCCUUACUGUACAUCACAGCUUGACGGGGCAUGUCGCGCGUGCUUCUGUGAGCCUUCAGUUCACUAAGGGAUGUUGGAUCUCAUGUUGAGGUGCAGCUGAAUUUGCUGUUUCCUUGUUGAAGCUUUAUUGACAGAUGGGCCUUUGUUAGUACGGAUGAUUUUUAAAGGCAAAAGGCAUGUGAGGUGAAAGGUGUGAGAAUGUAGGGCUGGGUAUCUCACCACUGACUUACAAAGUCACAAAGCGUAGAUAUUGAUUCAGUUAUGGAUGUUUCAGUAAUAGAGGCAAAUGUUUUAAAUGGAGAUUUUAAAUCUGAAAUGAGAGCAUCAUUUGCCUUUAGGCGAGGUGAGGUAGUGGAUGAUCCUGCCAUGUUUACAGGCUCAUUAUUCUGUCACAUGGCCAGAGCUGGCAAGACUCAACAAGGUUCUCUUUACCCACGGGGAAAGGAUCAGAUAAUUCAACUGAAUAUCUAUUUUAAUCAGAAAUCAAUUUCGUUAAGCCACUGGUGAUUGACGCUGCAACUCACACGUGAAAUGUGGCGGCUUCAACUAAAACGCUGCUGAACUGCAUUGUGGGUCCAUUAGUUUGCUGUUAGUGUGGACUUUUUUAAUCAACUUUCAAGCAGCGGUGCAAACACCAGCCAAUCAACAAUCAAACAAUCUGUCAUGCAAACACAGAUCUUGGACAUAACCGACAGUUUAGCGACGUUAGUAGCUCUUUCUACAAAGUCAGACGAAGCCGCCUAAAGAAUCAGAAUCAGGCACGCCCACAAUUUGUGGAGGUAAGAUUUUCCUGUAUUUGCUGCUGAUGUUCCUCUGAACAGGUGACGCACUGGCUCCACUCCCUCCAUCCACCAUCCUCCAUCUUCACCAUCUCCUGGAUCAGCAUGAAAUCAUGUCAGAGUAGAUGUGAGUCGUUCCAUUUACACUCGGUGCUUGGUGGAUGGUGGUGUUUUCCCUCGACAGCAUAGUAAGACCUCAAAUUUGAUGUGCUUCCUUGUUAUUGCUGCCUGUCCUUUUUCCGUUUUUCUACAAGCAGAUAUUCUCUCAAAUGAGCAACGUGAUUCUGUUUAGCCACCAGAGCUUCUGUGAGGUCACGUCUCAUUGUGCUUGACAUCUCCACUGUUGGCUAGCACAGUAUUUCAUGUAUGCGGUUCUCCCAACUGGUGCAGCCCGCUCAUCACUGUCAACAACGUCAGUAUUUAUCUGUGUCAACAUAAAUCGUUGAGUCUUAAGUAUAAUUCAGUAUAUGAUUAGCCUUCAAAAUAAACUGCAUUUUGAUGUGUCUGUUUUUGUUUGUUGCCUUCAAAAUCCCUGGUUAGGGCAUUGUGUUACAGUCACAUGUGACAGCAUGUUUACACAGGCAGCACUUUAGCAGCGGCUCGUCCACCUUCGGUGUCUACACUGGGGCAUUAAGGCACAGCACUGCUCUGUGAUUACACAGCGCUCAGCUUCACACAUGCGUUUAACCCAAAGCCCGGGUCGUAAGAAAUGUAAUUCAGAGUCCAGUUUGUGUAAUAAAAGGAAAUGAAUGGCUUUACUUUUGCCAAGCCCUUUAGAAUGUCUUAAAGCUGAUUGUCAAACAGAGUUUGUUUUAUUUGUGUAAAUCAAUCAAAUGUGAUCAGAUUUCCUGUUCAUUUAAAUUUUAAUUGACUGGCCAGUUACUGCAUGACCUCAUUUCACUGCAGCUGACUUUUGUUUUGUUUUUUUCCCACAAGCCCUCUUGUGUCAGGUUCCCACUUUGCCAUCACAGUGGAAAGAGUGAGAAAGCUGAGUUUGUUUUGUGUUUUUUUUGUUUUUCCACACAGUGAAGACAAUAGUUUCUGUCAUGUUGUUGAUCAUAUCAGUGGAACAGCUGUCUGCAGUGUAUUGUCAGCACUGUUUGACUCGACAGGAGUAAACACUUGAAACACCA